AUGGAGCGAAGACUCGGUCUAGGCCACUCCAGCGUUUACGGGCAAGCGUGCAUGCAGUGCUACAAGGCCAAAUGCCGCUGUGUGCCUGGUCCAAGUGGCGAUGGGUGUGAAAGAUGUCUCCGUCUCAAAAAAGAAUGCCGUCCCUCAGACUCGGCGCGCAGACGGAAUGCGCAGAGAGCAGAAGAGUCCGACACGCGAAUAGCCCGGCUGGAAGACAAGAUAGGAACGCUGGUUUCGGCAAUACAAUCUCUUGUCGAUUCUUCUGGAUCGUCUUCGCCUGAGCUUCUGCAGCUUUUGAACCAGGAGAGUGUUUCUUCCAUCGCCAGCCUCCCGAGCACCACUACUCUCUCAGACGACCGACCGACAACGACGACGUCGUUUGUUGAUCCAUCUUCAAAAGAAGCGGCAGAGAGUCUCGAAUUCUUUCGUUCACGAAUGCUACCAUGUUUCCCCUUCAUCAAUCUGCGCCCGGAAACUACAGCCUGGGGAUUACACCGCGACCGGCCCUUCCUGCUGCAGGCCAUCCUCACCGUGACGACCUUCUCCACGCAGAAGCGACUGGCUCUAAUUGAGGAGCUGAAACGGACUUUCUUCGCAUCUGCGUGUCUCACUGUGCAGUCGAAUAUCGACCUGCUACUGGGUUUGCUCACGUACCUGGCAUGGAGCACCGACGCCUUUCUCGGCGGCGCAGACCUCGUGUCGCGCCUCAUGAUGCUCGCUAUUUCGCUGGUUUAUGAUCUGCGCUUGUUCAAGCCCUCGCCACCGGACGUCAAGCUUCUCAUGACCAUCACCCAGGGGCGGGCCUAUGAUGAGCAGACGGGUGAAGAAACAGUGCAAGAGUUGAUGGAGAAGCAGCGAGCGCUCCUCGCUGCUUUUCUCCUAAGUUCAAAUAUUUCAUCACAUCUAGGCCGUCUAGAUGCUCUCCGAUGGACCCCCCAGAUGGAAGAGGCCCUCCGAGUCAUCGGAGCAAACAAGACAUGUCCGACAGACGAGGCGUUUGCCUUUCAGGUGCGUCUCCAGCUGCUGAAGCAACGAGCGGCGUACAUCCGAGAACAACACGAUACAGCAGUGGCGCCGGUGACGACCUCUGUGCCGGGAUUACUAUACCUCAAGACCCUGCAGGGACAGCUGCACGACUUGGUUUCUUCUUUUCCUUCGAACCUCCAUCAAAGGGACAUCCUUGUUAUGCACGCACACUACGUCGAGCUGUACAUCAACCAGCUGGCCUACUCGAUAAGCCGGGACUCGCCGCUUCUCAAUCUAUCGGGUCAACGAAGCGACGGCGGACUGUUACCCGGCAUCGAACGUCUCGAGUGCCUCUGGCAGUCCGUCGAAUGCAUCAAGGCCUGGCUGGACAAGUUCUACCAGAUCGCCCCGCGCGACCUGGUCGGCCUCCCCUUUCAUUUCUGGUCGCAGAUGAUCCUGGCCAUCACGCUGCUCAAGUAUCUGUCUAUCCUCGAGGAUCCAGCCUGGGACUGCUCCACGGUGCGCAACGCCGUCGACCUCAUCUCCACCAUGGACUGUAUGGUCCAGAAACUCGAUCUGACUGCUCGUGAAGAACCGGGGCUGCACUGCACCGACAGUCUCUUCAAUCUGCUUUCGAAAUUGUUGACUAGGUUCCGUCUGUGGGCCGAUGCUCACUGGAACCUCCAAGAGCAUACAGCACAGGGAGACGUACAGGGACAGUCUACCUCUGCGAGCAGCUACAUCCCCGACGUGGACCAGUUGGUCUGGAUCCAGUCGAUGGAUUUGGAAAGCGAUACCUGGUUUCAAGAUAUCUGGCCUACUAACCACACUUAA